AUGUCCUCAAGAACGCAAGAGACAAAGAUGAAGAGCCCAGAAGGAGAGAGGGACUCGUCGCUUCUGCAAAUCAACUCUGUACUUCAGCCAAUGUUUCUUGAUAUCGCAGAGGUCAUCAACACAAAGAUUUUCGUUAUUGUGGAUGCACUUGACGAGUGCUCUGACUGGACUGCCGGAUUUCUGGACGCUUUGAAUGCACUACCGGAGUCGGGCGUUGACAUACGGGUUCUAGUCUCAAGCCGUCCCGAUGACCACAUUAUAGACGACUUAAGGGAGGUGCCAUGUCCCAGGAUCGCUAGGAAGUCCGAUGGGAUGAUCCAAUAUGCGAACAUGGUCAUCGAAAAUCUAAAGCAGUCAAAGGCUGUGAGGAUUAACGUGCAACUAUUAAUGAAACGCCUUCCAGAUGGGAUGAGCGAUCUCUACAAGCAGAUCUUGGAAAGGUUACAGGAAGACGACCGUGAAAUGCUGCUUACAGUACUGCGAUGGCUGAUGUGCAGCGAAGGCAAGAUUGAAAUUGCUCUGGUGUUAGACGACAUAGAGCGUUGCUAUGAGGACUUGGGCACCGAUGAAGACGACUCUGAAAUUGAGGAUAUCGAAGAUUCUGACAACAGCUCAGCAGUCAUCGGAGUAUCAAAAGGUAUGGAGCCCCAAGAAGAGAAUAUUGACUACAAGGAUCGAGAAUCGGUAAAACGGCUCAAAACGGUAGGCCGAGAUUGUUUGAAGUUCUCUUCGGCAGUCGUCGACAUCCAACACAAAUCUGUCCGAGACUUCAUCAGCAGUGAGGAGAAAUGGCUGGCUCAGGAUCCCAGGAUUUGCUCAGAUUGCACAGAGCGUAUGAAUCAAGUCUCCACCUACCAGGCUUUCCCAAAACAUGAACAUCUCAUCAUGGCGAAAUACAUUUUUCGAAAGCUCAUGCCCCGAUCCUUUCAAGACAAGUUCAUCACGAUCAAAGGCUUCGAGAAGGACAAGCUUAAUGCCGCUGGUUUGACAAGUGAAAGUGUUGCAUUGCAACACGGACCUGACAUUGGCAUUGAAAAUCUAGCCCCAAAAGUAACUGUGAGCCUGGGCACAGAAACAACAGAGCUAGCCACACACAUUGCGGCGGAAGCCGAAAAGGACAAUCCUAUAUCGAAUCUGCCGGACUUCGGUUCUGACGAGGAAGAACCGCCCAGAUACGAGCUUGCACAAUGGUCAAGACACUUGCGAGCUGCAGAGGAAGCCUGGCCUGCAGCUGAACGCGAUACCGACCUGCAAGAACACGAAGACGAGUGGACCUCUCUCGAGUGGACCCCUCACCAUUUCGCGUGCUGGAAGAAUGGUGGAAACAUCGGCAUUGAAUUGCUCGCGCAGCAUGAUGCCGAUGUGAAUGCGUUAGAGAGAAUAAAGCAGACCCUUCUUUCAGUGCUCGCUGCAGGUUCUGGCUCGCCAAAGUUGUUUCAGUACCUACUGCACCUCGGCGCCAAACCUGAGCUAUUUCUUGACCACGAUGCGAAAGUCAACGAGCAGGACAAAGAAAGUCAGGGACCACUUUAUGCAGCGUGUCCGGUAGGCAAUGUCCCUGGCGCCCGACUGCUGUUCGAAUAUGAAACGGACAGCGACGAUGACGACGACGUGUUGGGCAGGACAGCAAUGCUGCAGUCGGAGCAAGCAACCUUGAGCUCGUGA